AAAGAACCAGAGCAGAGCGAACCCUCCCAUACCAAAUCUGCGAACGGGCGGUCGGAAAAUGGCAUCAUCUUCAACAUCUCGUCCCGAAGGCGUCGCCGGAAGAAUCAGAAACGCCGCUUCCACUCUUUACUCCGAGAAUCAAACUCUCAUCACUGAUAUGCGGAAGGCGUUUAAUACAAUGAAGGAAAUGGCUGUUGAUUUGGAGAGAGAGAAUCAGUCUGAGAUGCUGAAGCAGCUUGAAGUUGCUGUUGUUGAGUUGUUGGAAGCUUAUGAAGAUUGUAACUGCCGUUCAUCCACCAUUCAAUCGGUUGGAAAUACCUACCAGCCAGGAACUGAGUUGACUGAUUUUAAUAAGUUGCUUGAGGACGAGUUCACAAAGCUCAAGGCUAGUUCAUCCUCAGUUCCUCAGAAUCACCCACUGAUACGUCAAUUCCAUGAAGCGGUCUGGAAAGUUCAUCAUGAAGGAGAGCCAAUGCCAGGUGAAGAACAGGAGGACAUUGUAAUGACCAGUACUCAGGGUAACGUUUUGAAUGUUACUUGUCCAUUGACUGGAAAGCCUGUUACUGAACUAGCAGAACCAGUUCGCAGUUUGGAUUGCAAGCAUAUUUAUGAAAAAAAUGCAGUCAAGAUGUACAUGAGAGCCAAGAAUUCCGUAUGCCCUGUAGCAGCUUGCCCUAAGAUAUUGCAGCCAGAGAAAGUGGUCUCCGACCCAACGUUGCUCUAUGACAUUGAGGAAAUGCGCUCAAUGAGCAAACAAACUGCUAGGACUGAUAUAAUAGAAGAUAUUACUGUGCCUCUGAGUGAAGAGAGUGAGUGAUGCAGGCCGUUUCCAUUGUAUCAUGAUAUUAUCAUAUGCUACUGCCUACUGGAGAUUCUUUUGUAUAUGAAUUUUUUUUUAACGAGCAUUUUCCGGUUGGAAUGUGUCUGUGUUGGGAUUGCGGAAUAUCAGUCUUUCCUGGCAAAUAAAAUUUCAAAAUAAUA